CGACUGCAUACUCUGCCUGCCAUUUGUGAACAAUAGAGUACAGGAUAUCAUCCAUGAUACAUACACUGAAGUUAGGGGCGUCACUAUAAGUGAUGCUGGUGUUAAGGGACCAGAUGAUCUCGACAUAUUCCAAGGUUGCUUCGACGGUAUUGAUGACUACAUUCGUAUUAGUAACUUCAUCAAACUUUACUAUGGACCAACGUUUUCGAUAAGCUUCAGUUUCUACGUUGACCCUGACUAUGAUCGAAGUAAGAAGAAUGGCAUUUUGAGCAAUGGAUGCUGCGAUGAACAGGGUUCAAUUGAAGUUAAGGUUGAUGGUGAAAAGCUGAAUGUUCGCUUUGAAACCGAAUUCGGUCUCUAUGAUAAAGACAUACUGCCUUUUUAGUCCAUGUUGUUCAAAGUGGAGUAGUACAAUUGAAUAUCACUGGGCAUAGUUAAAUUAAACAUCACAUAUACGUAUCCUCAGGACCCAGCUGGUAAAACUCUCGAAACAGGCGUUCUCAGAGAUGUGACCAUAAGAUAUUGUGGACCGACACUUGAUAUUUUUUAUGAUGGGGAGAAGGUUGAUACAUCGAUUCUUGGAGGUGAUGCAGUGACAUCCGAUUGUCCCCUCAUCCUUGGACGUGAUGGAGAUGAUGAAGACACAUAUUUCAAAGGAUGUCUUGUCAAUUUUUCAGUAUGUCGUGACUGUUGGACUGAGGAACAGAUUAUGGCACUCUCUGCUUAUGAUGAAGCUUCUAUUAUAUGUGAACGAUUAGAUGAGCUUGAACUUGAAGGAGGAAAUUAAAAUGUGAACGAAA